AUGCUGAGACACGCACUCGUCCUCCUUGCCUUCCUGUUACCGGUCGUCAUAUUUGCCCUCACGUUGAACGUACCCGACCUGUACAGAUUUCGUGCAGAUUACUGGAGCAACAGCUUUACUCAUUGCAACUACGAUGGCACCUUCACACCUUAUGACACCCCAUCCAAGAGUCUCUGGGACAAGGCAGGCUUCUUCGACAUCAACGUCGCUUGGGGCGAGAUGGGGUUUUCAACAGCAAAGUUUAUCGAUAUUUUCUGGGAUAAUGCAGUGGGAAGAACGGGACAGGCUCUUAUCGCCUGCGUCACUUACAAGGUCACUUCGCAGUAUCUGGAUGUGGCCAUGCAAGAAGGACCAAUACCCUACACGACAUUCGAAUCGUUGGCGUUUGUUCCACCAACGUUAAUACGAACAGGCAGACUAGCCAGGGAUCUAUUGACAAACCGAGGCUGGCGAGCCAGGUUAAUCAUGCUCUGGAUCCUGUUUAGCUCAUUGUUUGUCAUCAGCUUCUCUUCGUUUGCCACGGCCAUGUCUGGGUAUAGCAGCGAUACAACCGCCGUCAUGCCCAACUACGAUGGCAUCGACACAGGAUGGGAGGACUAUGAGGUUGUCCAGUUUGCCAUCAACGAUGCAUGGCGCAUUGGCGAGCCUGCACCAGUGACUAUUACCGGGACUACUAGCUGUGUCCAGCAAGGCUUGAGUUCCGAUAACAAUGACGACGAUGAUAGUGGUUACUCCAGGAGUACGUACAAUCGUCGAGAUGGAAGUGACGAUGAUGACGAGGACGAUCCUUGGGAAUAUGUCCCCUUCAACUGUACCCUGUUUUGGCGCACGGUUCAAUAUGUCGGUGCCUACGGCCUCCAAGCCGCCAGCAAAGAACCCAGCACAUUCACCGUUGCUGGCGUGACACAUAACUUGACAUCACCAAGUCUGGAUAUCACCACCUCAUACACUCCGGCAUCUAUAUCACUGUUAUCAUCAUAUCUGGACAACUUCUCUACCGAAUCAGCACACGUUCUAAAUUCCGUAGACAAGGUCACUCCAUCAACUUUCUGGAUCUACGACAACCAGACUUAUUCUUACGAGUAUGUCAUAGACCACGCCACCUGUCGCUACACAGGCUUCCACAACUGGGGCUUUUCGUUCUUGUUACUAUUUGCCACAACGUUACUGUUGGCUAUUUGGGCUAUAGGCACGUACAUCUUAUGGAUGUAUGUCUAUCUUCACGGCCCUCGCAAUGAAGAAUCUCGGUCCGGCUGUACCCACAGCUCUGGAAUCUACCGCUCAAGCUGGGCCCUUGUUGAGGCAAUAAAGAGAGACCUUGGCACUGAGGCUGUCACGUCCGGAAUGACUGAGCAAGAGGUCCGAAAUUUGGUCCGAGGUCGACGUGGACGAGCGAACGGUGUCGGAGGCGUAGGCGCAGGCCAGCCAGUGUCAGUACCGACCGACGGACCACAGAGAGGCACUCAUUCCGACCUGCAAGCGCCUGCCCAUCAUUCUACCCGGUGGGAAGAGUUUCGAAGAUGGCUGCGACCCCGAGGAUUACCACCACCUCCGUCCAGAGAUGGCACACACAUCCACACAAGCCCGAAAAGUUUCCAAAACACGUCUUCGGUAUUCUCACCGUCUUCGCAGCACCCAUUUCUCACACCAUUGUCACCCAGCACGCCACGCACAGCCUCAUUAACCUCGUUCUCGCCAUCGUCGAUAUUCACGUUCAGCAAUCAGCCGACCACGCCCACGGACAUGCUUUCUGGCCCUGUGGCCGAUACUGGUGUACAAGAGGUACCCGGGCGAAAAGUUCGACCAGGCCUAACCAGACUAACUUCCACGACGCCCUCGCACACCUCGACAUUCAACGAAACGCCUCGCUCAGUGUCAACAUCUUCUGCGCGCUGGUGGCUACCGAUGUCGUCUUCGUCCCCAACAUCGAUCACGGCAAUCCCUUCGCACAUCGACCCUCAUUCGCCCACCACUGGUAGGACAGCGAGUAUGGAAAGUCGUUCUUGGGAAAAAAGGACAACGGAAAGCAGCGAUGCCCUGAAGUUCAAGAACGAUCUGGGCGAUGACUAG